AUGAGCGCCCGGAAGACCGCACAGGGUCUGUGGAAUCUCAGCCAUGGCAUCGUUUUCGCACCAGGCGGGAGGGUGGUCGGCUCGCGCUUGCCUUUAGUGCAACCUCGCAACGCUCUGUCGACCACAAGCCCGGCGCAGGCUGCGAGUUCGCACGAUGCGGAAACCCCGGACUCUGAGGCGGUGACCGCCGGAGCAGGACAAGAUCCUAAGCAGACCGCAACCGACGAAGUGAAAUCUCCCAACGAGGCCGUCGUUACCAAGGCCACUGCGCCCUUCACCCCACUGAAUUUCAAGAUACCGGAUUCAGUCUUCCAGGAAGCAAAAAAUGCACCCGAGGGAACCCCCCAGUCUUACUGGACGUACGAUAAGUACCGCGGGCCAGAUGAAGAUGGCGAGCCGAACGUUAAGGUAAAGGUUCAUUAUUGCCGCAGCGCUCACAAGACUGAAGAAGUUGUCAAACUGCACUUCAUGGACGAGAAGUUGCUUGGGUUUGACUUGGAGUGGAUGAAAGAUGCCUACCCGCGCCUAGGCGCGCGAGCGAAUGUCUCCCUGAUCCAACUUGCUACUCCCACCCGCAUUGGGCUGUUCCACGUCGCCAUGUUCGACAGAAGCAAGAGGAUCGAGUUGCCGACUCUGAAGAAAGUGAUGGAAAACCCUGAAAUCACCAAGGCUGGCGUCUGGAUCAAGGGCGACUGCACACGCAUGUCCAAAUACCUCGGCAUCCAGUCUCGUGGCUUGUUCGAGCUUAGCCAUCUUUACAGGCAGCUCACGCACUCCAAGGCCGGCGAAUACAAUCUGAUCAACAAAAAGCUGGUCGCCCUCAGAUCCCAAGUUGAGCACUAUCUCGGCCUUCCCCUGUUCAAAGGCGAGGACGUGCGAAUGGGCAAUUGGUCAAGACCGCUGGAUGAAUACCAAAUCCUCUAUUCGGCAUCCGAUGUGUAUGCCUCGGUCCAGCUCUACGCCGUUCUUAAUCACCUGCGCCAGACCACCCUUGAUCCCGUACCCGAUCUGCCCCACCAUGCCGAACUCGACAUUCCCAUCCCGAUUGCGCGACCUGUUGAGGUUGAAGAGUCGGAGACGGAGGAUCAAGAGGCCACGGCAGCGGCGGAUGGGCUCAUUACUGAGGAAAUCUUGGCGACUGAAAUUGAGACCUUGGUCAUUGCCGACCAGGUGGACACUGGGGAGGAUGGCGUCACGCCCAAGAAGAAGAGAACCACACGAAAGACAGUCGAAGUCGAAACCCUCACGACCGUCGAACCUGAAGCUGGCGCGGAUUCCACCACGCCUAAGAAGACAGUAACCAGACGGAAAACGGUUGAAGUCGACAGCUUGGUCAUCGCAAGUGAAACCGAGACUGUAGAAAACGCCGUCACGCCUAAGAAGACAACCCGCCGAAAGACGGUCAAAGUCGAAAGCCUUGUCAUCGCCGACCAGGCUGAAGGCGAGGAGGAAAACGUCACGCCUAAGAAGGCAGCCAAAAGCAAGCCGGCCGAACUGGAAAGUUCGACCGUCACCGACCAGGCUGAGGCUGAAGAGGGUACCGUCACACCCAAGAAGACAAUCAGGCGGAAGGCAACCGUCAAACAGAUCAAGUUGGUUGCGAAACCAUCACCUCAGGGUGUUGGCGCAUUGUUUAGUGAGCCUCACGCAGAGGCCAGCUAA